CCCAAGAUGCAGGCAGACUCCCUUCUUCACAGCGGCUACUUCCACCCGGUGCUACGCUCCUGGCAGUGCACAGCAACCACCUUUGAUGCCUCCAACCUCAUCUACCCCAUUUUUGUCACUGACAGCCCCGAUGCAGUGGAGCUGAUCCCCGGCCUCCCUGGACAAGCCAGAUACGGAGUCAACAAGCUGGAGGGGAUGCUGCGUCCCCUCAUUGAGGACGGUCUGAAGUGUGUGCUCAUCUUCGGGGUGCCCAGCAAGGUCCACAAGGAUGAGAGAGGCUCCGCUGCUGAUGACGAGAACAUGCCUGCCAUCCAGGCAAUCAAGAAGAUCCGUGCUACCUUCCCAGAGCUGCUCAUAGCCUGCGAUGUCUGCUUGUGCCCUUACACCUCCCACGGGCACUGCGGCAUCCUGCGUGAGGACGGCACUAUCCAGAACGAGCUCAGCUGCCAGCGGCUGGCAGAAGUGGCACUGGCCUACGCCAAAGCAGGCUGCCACAUCGUUGCCCCCUCGGACAUGAUGGAUGGGCGCAUCGCAGCCAUCAAGGUGGCACUGAUCUCCAAUGACUUGGGCAACAAGGUCUCGGUGAUGAGCUACAGUGCUAAGUUUGCUUCGUGCUUUUACGGUCCCUUCAGGGAUGCUGCGCUAUCCAAACCAGCCUUCGGAGACAGGCGAUGCUACCAGCUGCCCCCGGGCGCCAGGGGCCUGGCAAUGCGUGCUGUGGACCGGGAUGUGCGCGAGGGAGCGGACAUGCUGAUGGUAAAGCCGGGGAUGCCCUACCUGGACCUCGUGAGGGACAUCAAGGCUCGACACCCCACCCAUCCGCUGGCCGUGUACCACGUCUCGGGGGAGUUCGCCCUUACUGACUCGCCUGCAGCAGAGCGCCCGGCUCGCAGCGCCCUGUUUGCCCUUGGUUCCCCUUAG